AUGUGUAACUUGUUUGCUCAUAGCAAUCGAUUAGGAAAUAGACAUUCAAUCAGAAGUAUCAGCAACAAUAACCAACAUACAACAAAAGUCAUUUUUAGUGGAAGUAGUAAAGAGAAAGAACGAUGUAUAUCAACCACUACCAACACCAAAAGUCCCUACAUCAAAGGCAUUUGUCGAUCAUUAAGAAUCAUUCAUAGAUCAACGGAAAGAGAAAGAGAUCGUAACGACAAGGAUAAAAAUGAAACAAAAUUAAUAAUGAGAUAG